AUAAAGAGCGGUCAUGAACUUUGUCUUAUUGUUCACGCGCACACCAUCUACAGACGGCGCCACCAUCGGGCACUUGACAGCUGCAGUGACUCAGGGUCCGUCAGUGCCAGGCACACUGGGAGUGUACACGUGGCAGCUAGAGGAGAACACUUUGACCCACCUAACCUGGAAGCACGACUUUCUGUUUGAUCCUGCAGUGUAGUUUCAGAAAAGGUCUUACCUCCAUCAGCCCCAAGCUUUGAAGUUCUCAUAUGGGAUGCUUGUAUUGUGCCUCCCUUUAUCGAAAAAUAUUUCUCCCGUCACAUUUUUCAAGUUCGUAUUUUAUCUUUUCUCUUCAGUUUUUAGAAACAGGAAAAGGGUAAAGCUCACAGACACAAAAGGAGGUGAGACAUUAAAAGCAGAUGGGGACUUACAGAGCACCGAAAGUCUCCCCUCCCACCACACUCACACCGUACCCAAAAUUCUUCCUAUUCGAAAGCACACUUCUAUUGCAAAUACAAGACAAUCAGCCCCCUUCCAUAAUAUCUCCCUCUUCACACUGUCAUGUGACAUGGUGUAAAAGAUAUAAAAGGCAGGCGACCAGUAAGGAUAUUGUUAAUUCACCUUUAGGUGGAACCACCGGAUCAACCAGCUAGGACACAGAUCAGCGACUGGUUGCCUACAACACGCCCCGAGUAGUCUCACCAUUGCAGUCACCACUUUCACCUGAGGAAAGACAAGAGGCCGCGAGUUCUUACUCCACAAGACCAACAUGACAACAACACAUCAGUUAAUGGCCGCCGCCUUCUACCUGUGCAAUCUUUUGUUUCUCUACCACGUCGACCCCGUCAACAGCUUAAUAUGCAAGAAUUGUGAACAAACUGAUCCCAACUGCAACUCCGGAGAAGUGGCAGAUGCCGAGUGUGAGCCCUCGAUGCCUUACUGCAUAACUAUUAAAGGUACUUUUUCAGAUGGACGUAUCAUAGUCCAUCGUUCCUGCAGCAACGAGUCAUUUCGUACGUGUAAAACAAUGUUGUUCUCAGUACUGACGUUGUGCCCUAUGACCUGCCAAACGGACCGCUGUAACAACAAAGAAAACGAUCCAUGAGAAAAUGAGUUAAGCUGACAUUCCUGCCAUUGAAGGCUUUAGAAAAGUUUUUGUCGGUUUCUCUUAAAUACAUGGCGACAUCUGACAUGAAACUGUGUAAAUUUUGUCCAGAAAACUGAAGAAAAACAGUUGUAAAUCUCA